UAGCUUUUCUAUUUUGGACGCAAUACCCUUGUUUUGUUAGUUAAAUAAGCAGCCGAUGCUUAUUUUCCGAGAAUGACACGCCUGAGCGACAGAAGGCAGUAGAGAGUCGAUGUGUUGCUCACUGCCUUCAGAGCAGCGCCAGAGAGUGAGACACAAACACAAACACGUGACAUUCAGCGGAACCAGACGCAGCAGCAGCGGCAGCGCUGAAAUCUGUCCGGAUCUACAGAUCAAAGGUAACCGAUGCUCUUUCAGCCUCACGAGCUUGACCGCAAACUCACACGUAAUUCGCUGGUAUCAGGCUGGAGUUGGUCUGUGCUUCUCAUGGGUGCAUCUGUGUGCCGCUCGCUCCUGUCCCGUCACAGCAGGCCUCUGAUGGGGGGGGAUGACUCUCUAGACGGUCCGGACAUACAGGAGGACAUCGCCCAGUUCCCGUACGUGGAGUUCACAGGCCGAGACAGCAUCACCUGUCCUACCUGCCAGGGGUCCGGACGCAUCCCGUCAGGGCAGAUGAAUGAGUUAGUUGCUCUGAUCCCCUACAGCGAUCAAAGGUUACGGCCACGGAGAACGAAGUUGUAUGUGGUGCUGUCAGUGAUCUUGUGUCUGCUGGCAUCUUUUUUGGUGGCUUUCUUCCUGUUUCCUCGUCCUGUGCUGGUCAUUGAUGAUGGCAUUCGCUCUGUGACUGUGCACUUUGACCGCAACAACAGCAAAGUGCUCAUCAACAUGACGAGCUCAUUGAACUUCAGCAACUCUAAUUUCUUCACGGUGUGGGUGGACAGCGUGAGCUGCCAGGUGCUCUACAUGAAGAAUGGAUCUCAACAGCUGGACAACAUCAUCCACAUUCAGCCUCUCAGCCAGAGACAGGUCAACUUCACUGUCAGCAUGGUGAUUGGAGGAAGUCUCUCUUACGUUUAUGCCUUUUGCACCAUGGCAAGCAUCAAGGUCCACAACAUUGUGGUGUUCAUGCAGACCUCUGUGAAAACCUCCUACCUGGUGCGGGCGGCACAGAACACGCUGGAAGCUUACCGCUACAUCGACUGUGGCACCAGCUCCACCAUCCACCAGCCCUCAGGACUGGUGUGGUCUAAACCUCAGAGUGGGAAGCUGCUCAGGUGAAGCAUCAGCCGGCAGACGCUCAUCAUCAGACGUCUGAGUCUCAGCGGCAGCUGGGUUUCAUCAGUUUGGUGCUACACUGAAACUGAAGCCACUGAACAGAGCAGCUAUGGUGUAAGAUAAUGCUUGACUUGAUCCCUCAGUGCAGAUAUUGAUGGAGUAAUCAACCGAACUCUCUGUUGGAAGUCUUUGCCAUUUCGAGAGCUUCUCACUUGGUCUAAAAUCUAAAAAUGGUCUUAUAUAAUUUUGCAGGGAUUGAUAAAAGCUGUCAAUGAUGUGGUGCACUUUAAAAUGCUGUUUUGAUGUAUGAUCUGUUCUGUGAAAUAUUGUAUACAUUCCUUAUUAUGUCUCAUGCAAUUGUCUCUAAUUGUAUCUGCAUUGCCAAAGACUUCAUGUGUUUACUGGUGAAGAUUUCAUCGAUGGAUGGGUUUUAAAGCGACUCGAUCAACUGGAAUCCAUCCAUCAGUCACAAAGACUAAGUAUCAGAACAAAUUACAUAGAGCCAAAACAGCACGUGAGUUCUCAUAGAGUGAA